GUAUAAACUUAACGCUAGAUAAUGUAAACGUAAACGUCAAAAAGGUUAAUAUAUAUCGUAUUCAGAAAGCGCUUUAUGCAUAAUUUUGUAAAGAUGAUGAAGUUAGCGGCAGUAUUUCUUACUUUUUCUGUAUUUUUAUGUGGUGUUUUUACACAAAAGGGACACGUACAUGCAAACACUGGAGGGGAAUCUUUUAAAAUCACCGUUAAAGACACAAAAGAUCCCAAUCCCCCGAGCUGGACCAUAUCUGCUGCCGACAUUGCAAAAAGCGCAUUUGUUUUCAACAUAACUAAAGCUUUAACAAUAUGGGGACAUAAUCCUGCAAGAUUCGGAAAAUCACAAGCGCCAUUUACCGGGCAAGGUUACCAAGGGUUGGAGAUAAACCAUGUUUACAAUAACGGCAAUAGUACCAGUAGUCACAUACUACACUUGCCAAAAUGCACGAAGCGUUCUUUGGGAAAGGCGAUUAUUGAAUAUACAUCGGGAAACAAGCUGGCGCAAAAGGGACUUUAUAAAAAUGCAAUCGAUGCAUGUCCUACGAACCGCUAAAGUUGUAGUGACAUAUGUAAUAUAAUUCGCAUUGUUUUAAAUGUCAAAAGUUGUAAAACUACAUAUUAUUAACUGAUUGAAUAAAUACGAGUAAAAUUUGG